AUGGACUUGCGUAUUGGAAGGACAGCGUGCCCAGUACGGGCAGUCAUUGCCAAAGUCAAAACCAAAGGAAUACUCGGGAUGGACUUUCUGCUCCCAACUGGAGGGACACUGGAUUUCAACAAGUGUGAACUUUUGCUUCACGGAGAACACAUCCGGUGCACAACUAGAUGGGGAACUACCUUGCAUGCCAGGGUGGUUGUGGCAGAAACGACUGUCAUUCCGCCCGGACACGAAGCUCUUGUUCAAGGAAGAGUGACCCGUGAUUUCGAAUCAGGUGACCUGGGGAUAAUAGAACCGAUUGAAGGAGGUGGUGAGUUGGCGCAAAAAGGCUUGAUUCUUGCAAGAACGUUGGUAGAUCCUAAGGAGGGAGUACUUGCCUUGCGGUUGCUUAAUCCGGGCAGCCGAGAGUGCAUGGUUCGGUCGGGCGGCACGACAGCCGGACGCCUCACACCGGUGGUAGAGAGAGAUGUGCUGCAGGCACAUGCAUUUGAACCCGGAGAUGAAAACAAGGAUGUUCAUGUCCCCGGCCACCUUGAGGAUCUCUGGAAACGCAGUGUUGAGAAUCUGGAUCCCUGUUAUCACUACGCAGUGGCUCGACUGCUCACUGAUUUUGCGGAUGUAUUUUCGGAGGGCGAUCAUGACAUUGGGAGAAAUGAUUGGGUGAAGCACCAUAUCGACACGGGAGAAACACGGCCUGUCAGGCAGAGGCCCCGCCGGCAGCCAUUGUGCAAGCAACAGGAGAUUGACCGACAGGUGCAGGAGACUUGUUGA